AGAUAAAUGGCGGAAGAGGAAGACGAUAUCCACUUAGUCUCAGAGCUCAGCGAAAAGCAGAAGCGAGAGAUCGCCAAGUGGUUCCUCCUCAACUCCCCCGCCGGCGAAAUCCAGUACGUUGCCAAAGACGUUAGAUCGGUUUUGAAUGACGACAAUGCUUACGACGCGGCGGCUUCGGAGGCGUUCCCUCUGUACAACAAGUCUCACAUGAUAUGCCUCAAUUUGCCUGGCUCGACCGCCGAUGUUCUCAUUACUCCCUUUAGCGAGAUUAAUGAGAAUGAAUACCUUGAUUCCAGGACUGCCCAAGUCGCUAAAGUGGACCAUGUCAAGCAAGUUUGUACAGAAGUGAGACCAGCAAGUGACCAAGAACUUCCAUCUGCAUAUAUCGAGGAUUACCGAUCUGCACUUGAUGCUGAAAUUAUGAAAUAUGUUGGGGAAGCAUAUCCAAAAGGAGUGUGUUCAGUUUACUGUACCAGAGGAAAAGAAGUGGAAGAACCAGGAUCAGAUUUUGAGCUUGUGGUAGUAAUUUCAGCUGCUCGACAUAGCCCACAGAAUUUCUGCAAUGGAAGUUGGUGCUCAAUAUGGAAUGUUGACUUCAAAGAUGAUUUGCAAAUAAUAGAAGUAAGAGGUAGAAUGCAGGUAGGUGCCCAUUACUUUGAAGAGGGAAAUGUCCAGUUAGAUGCUAAACAUGAAUGCAAGGAUUCAACAAUAUUUCAGUCUCCUGAUGACUGCGCGUUUUCUUUGACCAACAUUAUUCGUCACCAUGAGACAGAGUAUCUAGCUGCUCUUCAGGCAUCCUACUUGAGUUUGCCAGAUACCACAUUUAAGGAUCUUAGAAGAAAACUCCCGGUUACGCGAACUCUAUUCCCAUGGCACAACACUAUGCAAUUUAGCCUAACAAGAGAUAUCACGAAAGAGCUCGGGAUUGGAAAGUAAAAAUACGAUGCUAGAGGUGUAUUGUUGCUUCCUUGAGAUCGGUAGUGAGGUCUGGCCAUACUACUCUCUAUUCUUCUUUAUCUUCUUCUUCUUC